UAUGUUUGUGUAGUGGAUAAGAAAAACACCUUGCACAUUGUGUGCGUUCCCUCAAGAUGCCUUCAGGAAGCCGAGUUUUUCUUCAAAAUAGGGCUCUGGGAUAUGUCAGCAACCAUAUUCCUCUUGUGGUGCGCUACAUUCAGAGACGAAAAGAGAAUUUGAUUGUCACUUGCACAGGCAAGUCCUUUCAUACAUAUGCUUGUUCCCAUUUCACUCUCCUGAGUGUUUGUUCCAAACACACGUCGGAGAUCACUUGCAUGGCAGCGGAUACUUACCUCAUCUACACAGCUGCUGACAAUGUGAUUUACGCUUGGCGCCGGGGAACUGAGUUGUCCCACACAUACAAAGGACAUGAACAUCCAGUGCAUAUCCUUUUGCCUUUUGGACCUCAUUUGAUAUCAGUUGAUGAUUUGAGCAACUUGAAAGUUUGGGACGUCAAAGCAGAAUCAUCGUAUUUGGAACUUUCAUUUGAUAAUGAGGUAUUCAGCAUCAGCACAGCUUUGCAUCCUAGCACAUACAUCAACAAGAUUCUCCUUGGAAGCCAACAAGGUGCAUUACAGCUGUGGAAUAUACGCACUUCAAAGCUUGUCUAUUCCUUUCUCGGGUGGAAUUCUGCUGUGACAGCUUUAGAACAGGCUCCUGCCAUUGAUGUGGUCGGCAUAGGCCUGGCCAACGGCCAAAUAAAGCUGCACAACUUAAAAUACAAUGAGACCAUCGUUGAGUUUUCUCAGGAUUGGGGUCUGGUCACAAGUCUUUCGUUUCGUACAGAUGGUCAUCCAAUUAUGGCCUCUGGUAGUUUAUGUGGUCAAAUUGUGUUUUGGAAUUUAGAAGAGAGAAAAGUAGUGACACAAUUGCAUGCCCACAGUGGAGCAGUGUCAGGCUUGCAGUGCCUGCCCAAUGAACCGCUUAUGGUUACGUCAUCGGCUGACAACUCUGUGAAACUGUGGAUUUUUGACAUGCCUGAUGGUGGUGCUCGCCUGUUGAGGAUCAGAGAAGGUCACAGAGCCCCUCCAUCUUGUAUUCGUUUCCAUGGAAGCAAUGGUGACAAUAUUUUAAGUGCUGGUGGAGAUUCCUCACUUCGAAUAUUUUCAACUAAAACUGAAACCUUUAACAAGAGUCUAGGACGUGCUUCUUACAACAGGAAAUUGUCGAAGAGCAAGGGCGCUUCUAAAGAUCCUUGCAAAAUGCCUCCUAUUGUAGAAUUUACCUCAGAAAGUACAAGAGAAAAGGAGUGGGACAAUAUUGCUGCAAUCCAUUUAGGGCUUAGUGUUGUGACCACAUGGUCUUAUGAUAAAGUGAAGAUGGGUGACCUUAAAUUGGUUCCUGAAAGACUGAAGAAAAAACAUAAUGAGAGCAGAAAUAAACUUAGCAAAGUUACUGCCACUUGUUUGUGUUUGACACACUGUGGCAACUUUGUUGUUGUGGGGUACAGCUCUGGUCAUGUGGAUCGAUUCAAUAUUCAGUCUGGGAUCCAUCGAGCUACUUAUGGAACCCCAGUGGCUCACAAAGGACCCGUGAGAGGAGUAUCCACUGAUGGACUGAAUCAAAUAGUCAUAACAGGUGGAAGUGACACCUGUGUUAAAUUCUGGCACUUUAAAGAUGAAGGUAAACCAGCGUUUGGGAAGGUACCUGUUGAUGAGGCUGUAGCAUUCUUCCAUGCCCAUCAUGAAAGUGCUAUGCUGGCGGUAGCACUGGAAGACUUUUCUAUUGUUGUUGUUGACAUUGAUACAAGAAAUAUUGUCAGGAAGUUUGUUGGGCAUAAAGCCCAAUUAACGGAUGCCACUUUUAGUCCUGACUCUAGGUGGCUUGUUACAUCAGCAAUGGAUUGCACUAUUUGCUUGUGGGAUGUUCCCUCUUCGCAGCUCAUUGAUUGUUUCCAGGUUGAUGCUGCUUGCACAUCUCUGAGUUUUUCUCCUACUGGUGAAUAUUUAGCAACCACUCAUGUGAACCAGCUUGGUCUGUACCUCUGGUCCAAUAGAACUCUUUACUCACAUAUUUCCCUUAGACCUCUUUCUUCUGUACCUGAAAGUAUACCAAAGGUUGAGCUACCUGCUUCAUCUUCUGAUGAACUGCAGUCAUCACAUAAUGAUGAUGAACCACUCCCAUUAGAUGAUGAUGAACCAGAGUUCACUUCACCUGAUCAACUUGCUGAAGACCUUAUUACUUUAUCACUGGUAUCCAAUGCAAGGUGGCAAAAUCUGUUGAAUAUUGACCUCGUUAAGAAGAGAAAUAAGCCCAAGGAAGCACCCAAAGCACCCAAAGCUGCUCCUUUCUUUCUACCAACUUUGCCAACACUACAAGAUUUUGAAUUUGAUAUUUCAGGAGCUCUUAACAAAGAUGAAGGGGGCUCUAAGAUUCUGGACUUAAGUGCAAUGCAGUCUCUCACGGCAUUUGGGAAAGCUCUCAACAAAUGUUCCCAGGAUAAUUAUUCACCGGCUUUCUCUUUACUGAAGGAGAUGGGUCCUGCUGCUAUUGAUGUUGAAAUCAAUUCCUUGCCUCCGGAGGGUGGUGGAUCAAUUGACCUCAUGCUCAAGUUUAUGAAAAUGAUCAACACUGGCUUUGAGUCAAAUAAGGAUUUUGAACUCGCUCAGGCCUACCUUGCUCUAUUUCUCAAAGUACAUGGAGAUACUAUUUCCCAAAAUGAAGAAUUGAAAUCUUAUAUUGAUGUCCUGAUUGAAGGCCAGCAGGCAGGAUGGUCAAAUUUGGAAAAUAGAUUACAGUAUAAUUUGUGUGUUGUUCAUGCAUUGAAGAAUAUAUAAAAUAAACUUGUAUACUUAGGCGGUA